CUCUGUGGAGUAUUCAAUGAUUUCGUUAAAACCCCGUUUUAUAUUUCGCGCCUUGGUGCAAUAUUAUCGAUAAGUGAUAAACUUAAGCUAAAUUUGUUUGGAACUGCCAAAUUUGAAUCUGGCUACAAGCUACUUAUUCGCGUCAGCUGUUCUUUCUGACUAAGUUGGCAGCACUGCCCUCGAAUUGUUUACGUUUCGGUUUUUUGUGCAAUAAUUUCAUUUUCUUGCGUUUACUCUGUAAUCGUAUGCUACGAGCUUUGAAGACAACAGUUCCUGGUCCCGGAUUUUUAGCUCGAUUCUGUAGCGGUGCAAUGGCCAACAAGCGGAUCCACAACGAAGACAACAAGUUGGACACCUUCCGGCGGAUAUGUGAUGAAAUAGCCGGCGAGGCGAGCUACCUGAAGAAGGCGGAGAAACUGCAGAGAUUCUUCGAGCGCGGCACCAGUGGUAAAGGUUUUGAGGGCGACACGCUGCUCUGGGUACAAUUCCUAAUCCCGGCGGCCAAUCAGCGCGUCUACAACCUCCAGAACAAGGCACUGAUCAAGCUCUUCUCGCGCAUUUUCAACGCUAGCCAGCAGCAAAUGCACUUGGAUCUCGAACAGGAUGGUGAUGUUUCCGAAACCCUGCGCAGGCAUUUCGCCGCCUCCAGUAAGCUGAAGCCUCAGACGCAAAGCCGACUGUACCUGCAGGAGGUGGAGAAGAUGCUCCUGCAACUGGUGGACCGCACCAAGGAAGAUGAGCAGACGGAACUGCUGCAGGAGGUGUGCAAGAAGGCCACCGACUUGGAUUUGCGCACGUUCAUUCGACUGGUGAAGCAGGAUUUGCGGAUCAAUGCACGAGCCAGGCACAUCCUGGACGCCUUUGGCCCCGACGCCUAUCCCGCUUACCAAUCCUCCCGGGACUUGGCGGCAAUUGUGGACCAGUUUGCCAGGCAGGAAAAGAAACUCAUUGUGGCUAACGACGCGGUCAAGGCGAAGGGGAAGACGAAAAAACCGAAUACGAGUGGCAUUCAGGUGAUGACGCCCAUAUCGCCAAUGCUGGCCAGUGCCUGCAAGUCAGUGGAGGAUGCCUUCAAGAAGAGCCCCGCCGGACUGUACAGUGAAAUCAAAUACGAUGGCGAACGGGUGCAGAUCCAUAAGCAAGGCAGCGAAUUCAAGUUCUUUAGCCGCAAUCUGAAGCCCGUUAUGGAUCACAAGAUAAAGGCACUGAAAGAGCACAUACCGCUGGCCUUCCCAGGUGCCGGGGAGUUGAUUUUGGACUCGGAGAUCAUUCUCGUGGACACUGAGACCGGUGCGCUGCUGCCCUUUGGCUCGUUGGGAGCUCACAAGAAACAAACUUUUGCUAACGCUGCCGUAUGCCUGUUCGUUUUCGAUUGUAUAUUGUACGAUGGCGAAGAUUUGACGCAAAUGACCUUUCGCCAGCGACGUGAGAUCCUCGAGCAGAAUAUAAAGCCCAUUAAAUCCCAUGUACAGCUAUCGGAGUCGGAAUUCCUGAAGACCAAGAGCGAACUGGCCAUGAUGACGGCCAAGGUGCUGCAUGCCAAUCUGGAGGGAGUAGUCCUGAAGAGUCCCAGCAGCACCUAUCAACCAGGAAAACGCAAUUGGUUGAAGGUCAAGAAAGAUUACCUUUUUAAUGGAAAGAUGGCAGAUACCGCUGAUUUGGUUGUCCUGGGCGCUUGGUAUGGAUCGGGGAAAAAGGGUGGAGUGCUCAGCAUUUUCCUCAUGGGCUGCUACGAUGCAAGGGAUGGCCUAUGGAAGACGGUGACCAAAGUGCACUCUGGCCUGGACGAUAGCACCAAUGAAGAGGUCCACGAUGCACUGAUAAAGCUAACCGAUCGAGCAGAUGCCAGUCGGACGCCCAGUUGGCUGCUGUGCAAGAAGUCCCUGGUGCCGGAUGUCCUGGCCAAGGAUCCGCAACAAAUGCCCGUAUGGGAAAUAACAGGAGCGGAAUUUACCAAGGCCGAGGCACACACAGCUUCCGGCAUCUCUAUAAGAUUUCCCCGAAUUACUCGCCGGCGUAGCGAUAAAUCCGCCAAAGAGGCAAAUGAUCUUGCCCACUUGGAAGAUCUGUUUGAUGCCUCGAAGAAAAAUGUGAACGUGGAUCUGCUUCUUGCUGACGCCACAAAGGGUGAGGAGCAACCGGGCAGCAGUAGGUCUAGUAGCGCCAAGAAAUCCAAGAGGUCCAGUACAGGCUCGGGGGAUGAAGGGGCAGCGCCAACACCCACUAAGCGCAAGGCGUCAAAAGUGGAGCAGAGUUUGCCUUCCUCGCAAAGGGAAAUGAAAGAUUUUUUCAAGCCCAUCAAAGAGUCAAAAACCGAAGUUAAACAUGAUAUUAAAGUUAAAAUAGAGCCAAAAAACGAAUUUGAAACCGAAGUCAAAAUUGAACCGAAACUGGAGGAAAAGGAAGAAACCAAAUCCAAAGAUGAAAAACAAUUCAAGCUAGAGAAGAAAACUCCCGAGUCAAAAAGUGCGAAAAGCACUUUAUUCUCAGGCCUGGUUGCGCACUUUGCAAUGGAGCAGGACUCGAAGAAGCUGCGGGAACAAUUUGAGCGGCACGGCGGCUCCUGUACCACUAAUGCCCGGAAAGCUAACUUGGUCUUCUACAACAGAAAUGAGAUAAUGGACCUUGGGAAACUGAGGCCCCUCUACCGACACAGCUGUCGACAUCUGAAUGUGAGCUGGCUUCAAACAUCGUUAGAGAACCAGAGUCGACAGCCUUACCCGCUACACGCUGUGAUGCUGAAAAGCCGAGUGCUUUGAUGAAAUUGUUUUUACUCAUAAAUACAUGCUUGAUUAAACCGAAUAUAUAUUAUA